AUGUCCGACGAGCUUACCGAGGCCUUCACCAAUGUCACGCUCAACUCCGAGCCCGCGGCCACCGAGCCGCCCAGCGCCGCCGGUGCCACCGACGCCGACAAGCCUUCCGAGACCACCACCAUGGCCUUCCUCGGCCAAAAGGAGCGCCGCCGCUCCAGCGCCGUCAAGAUGUUCCUCGGGGACUACCUGAGCCUUGCCUCGAACGCCAACAUCAUCAAGGUCCUGGCCCGCCACCGCGACCAGAAGAUCACCUUCUCCGACAUCGUGGUCAAGAUCAACAAGCGCAACAAGAUGCAGGAGCGCAUCCUCCUCCUGACCGAGGAGGCCAUCUACAACAUCGACCCCACCAACCACAAGGUCAAGCGCCGGAUCGCCCUGCGCGAGCUCGGCGGCGUCCGGCUGUCCUGCCUGCCGGACAACUUCUUCUGCCUCCAUGUUCCCAGCGAGUACGACUACCUCAUGGUCUCCAACCGCAAGACCGAGAUCGUCACCAAGCUCAUGGAGAGCUAUCGCGAGUUGACCGGCGGCGACACCCUGCCGGUGGCCUUCGCCAACACCUUCGACUACCGCAUCGACACCGAUGUCUAUCGCGACAUCACCUUCUCCGAGGUGGAGGGCGGCGUCAGCACGCAGAUCUUCGCCAAGAAGAAGGAGCCCAAGAACUCCCGCCGGUAA